AUGGCUGGUGACCCGAUCCUCCUCACAGUGAACGCUAAGCGGUACAAGACCUUCUUCUACUGCAACUCCGUCGCCUUCGUAGCCUCUUUGGUGGCCAUCAUCCUGGUACAAAGCAAGGUUAUGCUCCAGACCCAUGUCCUCCAGGCAGCCAUGAUACUGGACUUGUUUGGCCUCAUCGGAGCAUAUGCUGCGGGAAGCUCUCGGGACUUGACCACCUCCAUUUACGCCAUGGCCUUGCACUGCUGA